AUGAGUUCAAAGAAAAACCCGGACCCAAAAGCCGCAGGUAAGUCUGAGUAACUUCAUUAUAACAAUGACUAGACUCUUUCAAUACGCUGAAAAAACAAGGUCUUUGCAUUUCUUACUUACCUAAACAAAUAACUGCAGAGAUAACAGGGAGAAGAACUUUGAACUUUACUCAAGGCUUAAAAUGAAACUGAAAUAAGGGCGUAAUAAGCUGCAGAGGAUUGAGGAAUUUUAUAUUACAGUAUCUGGAUAGUAGAGGGCUCUCGUUCUUUUUCUGCCAAAGACUAUUACCUCUUUUUUACAUGGUGACAGAAAUCCUAUCUGAAUGUACAAUAUAGCAGAAAAAGAAGAUAUUUCUGAAGAGUUUAUAAAAGACAAAGUAAAGUUUAUAAGAAAUAUAUCACAUUGACAAGUCCUGGUAAUUAUUUAGGACUUCAAAUGGACGUCUGUUUAUAUAAAAGACAAAGUUUUAGGGUCCAUUCCUAUUCAUUCAAGAGGCCUUGCUUUUGUGGCUCAUCUUGGCUUAUGAAAAACAUUAUUUGCUUUAAAUAACCAUACAUUUUUCGGUGUCCAAACCAAACAGCUCUCCUGUUUGGUAUGCAGCAGCAAAUAGCUGACUUGCUGUCCUAGCAGGCCUGGAUUGUGAGCAUCAAUGCUUGAGGGAAAAGGUUACCAGAAUCCUGCCUGCAUUCAGAUGAUAUAAGAGCGUAAACCAACCCCUUGAGAGGUGACACAUUGAGUUUGAUGAAUAUGCAGUAUAUGCCCUCUAACUGGAGCGGGCUGCUGAGAAAAAGUGAUGAAGAAUAGACAAUCUGAAAGUAAUUCACAUUGCAAGUGGUGAAAUAAUGAGCAGGGAGUGAACUGUUAGUCAGUAUAAGUGAUUUGUUAUCAGUAAGUGGCGGCUCUAGUUUCACUCUGAAGUUCACUUUGUUGUUGCUUUCUGACAUUAAUCAAAGUGGUUUUAUUGAGGGUUAUACGACUGAAUAAAGGAACUACUUACUUAUUCUUCUGGCUUUUCCUUUUCUUUUUUUUUCUGUGUGUUUAUGACAAAUUUUUCCUGCCUAUUCAACUAUUUUUCGAUGCAGUCAAGGACAACUCCAGUCAUGUGAGAGGAUUUCUGCACAAAAUAUUUCAGUUUUUGAAAUGUGUUUACUGCGAUUUACUGAGUUUUUAUUCUAUGAAACUUUGGUGUAGUACUAAUUGAAAGGACAGCAACUGCUCUAUGAGGCUCAGGAUCUGAUUUUACCACACAGCCUUUUUGGCACAUUUGAUGCCUCCAAGUCAUAAAGUUAUGACUACAUGCAGCAUCAAUCUUUGUUAUGCAGCAGAAAUGUUUGAAGCGUGGUGUGAAUAAAGCAGCUCUGAGUCACAACAAUGAGUGAUGACUGCAGAAAAAUGUGUCGAAAUCCGGGGUCAUAAUUUCUGUAGAGUUUGGUUGAACUUCGUGUCUUGUGCAGAGUGCUCUUGCUGGGAUUUGGUAAAAGAAGAUGGUUGAAGAAAUUGUCAUGUUUCUACCUUUUACAAUUUCACUUCAGAGUGAAUUAUGAAUUCAACCCAAGAUGUGGCAAAAAAAAUUGAAAAAUUGAGCUUUCCAUUGUUGCUCCUAAACCUUUGUGGUCGACCUUAAACCUGGGAAUCACAGACUUUUGGAUCAUUGAUACGGUUUUAAAAUCUACAUUUACCAAUCUGGUCAUAAUGGUAUGAUAUUGGACAGAUCUUGGUUGGUUAGGAAACUUUCGUUAUGUAUAUUUUACCCUUCAGUCAAAAUCAGCUGGAUACAUUUAUUACAAACAGGUCUCUCUGAGCACAUACAUAGAGCUUGCUGUGAUGUGGAGCCUGGGGUAGUUUGCAAAAUGAAAGGAAAUACUGACAUCUUGUGGAACUUGUGAAUUACUGCAAGCAAGAGCAAACGCAGUGAUGACAGUUACUAUCGCUACAUAACAGGUUGAGGUCAUAUAAAAUACAUACAUACAUACAUACAUAUAUAGUGCCCAGCAUGAGUCAGUACACCCCCUAAUAAAAGUAAUGUAUAACUCAAUAUCUAGAUGAACAAAAAUAGGAUUUUCAAAGUUUUGACAGAGCUGAGUUUAACAUGACAUCUUCUUUACCAUAAGAUGAAAAUAAGGGUGAUAUGGUUUACAAAGAAAAUAUUGACUUUGAAAGGAAUGUAUAUACAUAGUUUGGGGGGUAUCUAUAAAAAAGAAUUCUGCUAAUUUAUUCUGAAAAGAAUGAUUCUGUUGCCUCGCAUUCACUGAUACUGUGAAACACAGUGUAAUACACCCUUUUGCUCAGGGGUAUUUUAAUAGUAUGAACUGCAAAAAGUAUUCCACAGUGAAUAAAAAAAUGACUCUAAAAGCAUUUAUUAUAUUUUUGUUUUCUUUGAUUUCAUCACUCAGUUCAGACUGACUGUCCCGUUUCCGUCUUUACAGUGGCUAUCAAGAAAAGGUCCAGAGUUCCCGGAGUUACAAUCACUCAGUAUCUGGAGCGAUUACCUUUGGGGAAGUCAACACCUGACUUCACCAGGAAACCAAUGGCUACAACUGUUCAAGAAGGUAGAUUAAUUCCAAGGGUAUACAAGUAAAUACAAUCUGCAGUAUUUAUGUGUCACUGUUUCACCCAGUGUAUCUUCAUUUUCAGGUAAAAAAGCACUUUUCAAGGCGAUGGUUAGUGGCGAUCCAGAACCAACUGUGACAUGGGAGCGUAGUAAGGGCGAGAUGACUGACCAAGAAAAGUAUAAAAUAAGAUAUGAUGAAAGAUCACUAGAGCACAUUAUGGAGGUAGGAAGCAUGGCUAAAAAAAAAACACAAUAAUGUACACCUUAUACAGCGAUAGCGAUUACGACUCAAUGAUGAACAAUUGAGGUGCACCGAAGUUCAGUAUUUUAGCCGUUGCAGUAGUUCCAAAGUAUUUCAUAGUACUCUUCUACGAGUUUAGGACGAUUCAUCUCUUUCAGGUGUUCAAUGUAACUACAGAGGAAGCGGACGUCUACAAAUGCUUUGUCACCAACGAGUUUGGACAGGCUGUCUGCUCAGCAACUCUCAAAGUAGUUCAAGGUAAAAGACAGAUUAGUAGACACAAUAUGUCAAAUGUGCAUGAAGAGGAGCAGAUUGUCAUUAAUCACAGACUGUUGGUUUUUCACUUACACUUUGAUGUGAUACUUUUGUACCAAUGUUUUUCAGUUGGCGCCAAGAAAAAAGGUGCGUCCGUUUUUCAUUUUUCUUCGUCAUGAAUAAUGUCUACCUUGCUUUUAAGGAUCACCAUGACUUUACGAUGGUGUUUUAUUCUGUUCUACUUUUAAACCUUAGCAGAAAUCAAUCAAACAUAAACCAAGACUCAAGCGAAUUAGACCAGCUUCAGAGCUGAUAACAGUAUAAAAGUGAAAUAACUUGGCACUGAGGAAAUCUAUACUGACUUUAUCUCUGUUUCUGGCAGAUGGACAAGAAACACAGGAUUUCAGAUCUAUGCUUAAGAAAACGUAAGUUCUACUCAUCCAGCACUUCCUCCUAUCUCUCAGUUUUAUCCAAAUACUUUCUACUUUUUAUUCUUAUUUUUCCAGAGUUGUAGUCACCAGGAAGAAACAACUACCCCCGAAAAAAGAAGGAGAAAUCGAUCCUAAGCUUUGGGAAUUGCUUUUAUCCGCACCAAAGAAGAACUAUGAAAAAAUUUGUUUUGAUUUCGGUGUGACUGAUUUCCGCUGGAUGUUAAAGAGACUUAACCAGAUGAAGAAGGAGAGAGAAGAUGAGCAGGCAAAGGUACAGGAAGUCGCCAAUGACUGACAAGUACAUGUGUCUCGAAUAGGUCUACACAAUUAAUCAAUGGAAUCAAUGAAUCAGUUUGAGUUCUCUGUUUGUACCUGUGGACCCCUCUGUGUCCGCCUGCCAUUCAGUGAAGUUUUGGGCAUGUACCAGCAGCACUAUGAAAGCUAAAAGGAUAGUUUCAGAUCUCAAAUGUGGACAUGUUACAGUUGUCGUUUCCCAUAGCAACAGCAACAGCAGAGCAAGCAAAUCCAGAGAGAUCCUCGAGUAUGACCAGGAUUUUACUCUGAUCCCCUAAGGGCUAAAGUUGUCAUAGUGUCUGUUGAUAUUUUUAUCUGUAAGGUUAUGCAAACAUACAAUAUGGUUGAGAAUUCCACAUCCCAUGAAAUGAUCGAUACCGCUGGCAUUUUUCUGAAUAAUACACUGGGAGUGAAAUAUUAAUGACAGCUCUGCCCUAGUAAGAGAUAACACUAAUAACCCUGACCUUAUCUGCACUGUCCAUUUUAUGAAUGCAUCCAUUUCUAGUCAUUGAAUCAUAGAUCAUUUUAUUGAUCAAAAAUCACCAGUUAUCAUAUCACCGACCAUGUAUCAUUAUCAUACUGGAGUUAAAAUGCAUCAUUAUCCCUUGAUCUUUAAUUAAAAUACUGUUUUAUUUGUUUUUAAAUAUUCUCAUUCAUUAACAGUGAAACUUUCAAAACAAAUAAAUCACCAGGUUACAGCUGACUUUCAAAAAUAACUUGGUCCUCCAUAUUUGUCUUGUUCUGCUACUCUAUCCUCUUAUAGUUGUAAAAUUCAAGCCACCAAGCUUUUUUUAAAGUCUUGUUGUCAUUUAUAGCUUAAUUUGAGUUAAUAACAAGAAAUCAUUAUUUCUUUCAUAGGUUGUGGAGAAGCUGGAAAAUGUGAAACAAAUAGAAUUCAAACCCAACGGACGAGCUGAAUUUAGCCUGGACAUGAAACUGUGUGAUCCCAACAGUCAGAUUCAUCUGUUUAAGGUGAGAUGAGCUCAAAGGUAACUUACUGAAAAUAAUGAAAUCAGAUCUUCUCAUAUACUUGCUUUACUUGUUCAAGGAUGGGAAAAGUGUUCCAUACGGGGAUGACGAAAAUUCGAAACACAGUCUACGGAAAGUCGGCACAAAGUACAUUUUCAGCAUCAAGGAUCCUCAGCCAGAGGACGCUGGGUUUUACCAGGUUGAUGUUGAAGACGCAAAUGUACUCGCAACUGACUUGCAAGGUGAGAUAUGACUAUUGCUGCUUUAACAAUACAGAUUAACAUGACGCAAUCCAAGAGAUAAUGAGUGAUCCAACCAUUUCUUCUCUCGUAGUGCCUUCUGUGGAGUUCACGACAAAAAUAAAGGAUGCCAAAGUCAUCGAAAAUGAGGACGCAAUCUUUCAGUGCGUCCUGUCCACACCGCUGAACAGAAUUACUUGGUCGACACAAGACUCCUCACUUGAAGAAGGGGACAAAUAUGAGAUGACUGUCUCAGAGGACAAACUAACGCACACACUGAGAGUGAAAGACUGUGGACUGGCAGACAAAGGAACAUAUCAUGCCAUCGCAGGGAUAACCUCCAGCAGUGCCUCACUAACAGUGGAACGUGGGUUUCAUGGUGGAAGAUUACCAAAGCCUAUCGCAUUCACUUACAAAAAAAAAAAAAAAAAAAAAAAAACGAGAAAGUUUUUUGAUUUUUUUUUUUGCUGUUUUCCAGACUAAUUUUUUUUUCUUUCUGUUUGCUUCCAAUAAAUCAAGCAAAGCGGGAUGAAAGCAUCUAAUGAAAGUUUUAAAUGUUUUUCAUGACCCCAGUCUAUAGAAAAAAAACAAUUAGUCUGAAGAACAAAUUUUAAAAAAGUCUGAAAAACAGAAAAUUAGUCCAAAAAAAUGGGUCCAAAAAAAACUCCAAAACCCUAAAAAAAAAUUUAGUCAGAAAAGUAGAAAAAAAAUUACUCCAAAAAAACAGAAAAAAAAAUAUUCUGAAAAAAAAACCAGAAAAAAAUUAAUCCGAAAAGCAUUAAAAAAUUGCUUUUAAAACAAAAAAAAAAUAGUCUGUAAAAAAGAGGGGGAAAAAAUAACUGAAAAAGAAAAAAAAUAGUCUGAAAACAGGAAAAAAAAACUCUGAAAAACAGAAAAAAAUUGUCUGAAUAACAGAAAAAAUUACUCUGAAAAACAGGGUUUUUUUUGUUUGUUUUUUUUCUGAGUGAAUGAAAUAUGCUUCCGUAGAAUACAUACCAACUUGUCAAAUAUUUAUGUAAUCUGGAUGGUUUGAUACCUGAGAUCAUUAUGAAAAAUAAUGAUUGAGGAUUACAAAACAAGGCAUCAACACAAUAAUAAUCAGAAUAAAUUAUAUCACUUCUUUCACUCUUGUCCUCGUAACUCAGCUGAUCCAACUGGAGGCAAAGGUCGUAAAGGCAAACAAACUGGGGACCAAGAUGACCUGUCCAAGCUACAAAAGGAGAAAGAGGACUUGGAAGCAGCGAGACCAGCUGCUGCUGACGAUGGGUCUGCCGACAAGACUGAUGGAGAUGAGGGUGACGGGGAAGGAAAGGAUAAUAAGGACCUGACAGAUGGAAAAGAUGAUGAUAAAAAGGAUGGAGAAGAUGACAAGAAAAAGAGGCGACUUCGAACGGGCCCUUUGGUUCCUGAAGCUGCCACGGGUAAAACUGAUGAAAAGUUACUGCAGUACUAAAGGACUGAUAUCGUUUCACAAUUAAAGACUUGAAUGUGUCUGCUAAUACAUAUACCCUUCAUUAAUAAUUAAAGGGAAACAUGUGCAGUCAAAUUUUGGGAUGAAAAUGAUCAUUACAGGAUCAUGUAGCUUAUUGACAUAUUUCCAAACUCUAAAUCAUUUUCUGUAGUCUUUCACACUGUCCACUAGAGGGGGACACACAGUAAAGCAAAUUAUAGCAAAACAACAGAGAAACAGGGAUUGAUUGAAUGUACUAUCUGAAAGACUGCAUGUUAACUGACUGCCCUGCCUUAAUUUCCUCUCUUUGCUCAGAUUGCCCCACACUGUUCAACUGCAUCAAACUGAAUACUGGAAUGAUGCACUGGUUUCAAUCACAGAUGAAUCACAGGGAACAAAUGUUUAAAUUCAAUACACUAAGUUAUCUCUAAACAUCCUCUUUGCUCUUCAACAGAUUCUGGUGUUCGGUUUGUUAGUGGGCUUUCAGAUACGGUGGCUAAUGUGGGCGAACGGGCCGAGCUGUCCUGCAAACUCAGCAGCGAAACCUCCGAAGGCUGUUGGUAUAAAAAUGGAAAGCUGGUAAGUCAAUCAAGAAUAAAGGACCGCCUCCAUGAGUUUUUCUUUCAUUGACUGAUCAAAAUGCAAAAGGCCGAUUCAAGCGAGGAUUAAAGUGCAUUUUAUGUUUUUAAUUAAACAUUCUUAUCUUGAAAGCUAACCAAAGAGGAUGGGGUAACUAUUAUCAAAGAUGGAGCUUGCCACAAGUUGAUUAUUGACUGCUGUAACAAAGACGACGGCGCAGUCUACCGCUUUGAAGCUGAAGGACGCAAAUCAGAAGCAACCCUCAAUAUUCAAGGUGAAGAGCAAUACUUUGAUUUUUUAUGAAAUAACGAUAGUCUGAAAAUUUCAGUGUCUGAAAUUUUUUAUUUUUUUAUUUUAGAGCCCCCAAAGUUCGACGCAGAAGCGCUGGGUGAAUUCUCAAAGCCGGUCAUCAUAAAGGCGGGGGAAACUGCAGAGUGGAAGCUGCCUUUCUCAGGCGGGGCGCCGAUGAAUAUUCAGUGGUACAAGGAUGAUGAUGAGCUUUUACCGGCCCUCAAUGUUAAGAUAGAAACCUCUGAUACAAAGAGCCGACUUCGCCUGACCAAGUGCCAAAGAAAAGACAGCGGAGAGGUCAAAAUCAAAAUAAAAAAUGAAUUUGGUACACUGGAGGCAACUUCCAAACUUAUUGUUCUGGGUAAGUGAAGAGAGGUUUUCCCCAAAUCACAAAUUUAUUUAUUCAGUUAAUCUUUUGCAUUAGUUUUAAGUUAUUUUCUUCUUUUCUACAGAUAAACCAACUCCACCACAAGGGCCUGUGGACAUUAUGGAGAGUGCGAUUACAUCUGUUGAAUUCAAAUGGAAACCGCCAAAAGAUAAUGGUGGAUGCCCGGUCACUAACUAUAUCAUAGAACGUCAACAGGUCGGGCGCAACAAAUGGUCAAACCUAGGCGAGAUCUCCGGUAUCGACCCGAGUUACAAAGACACAGAUGUAACUCCAGGAAGGAGAUACUGCUAUCGUAUCAGAGCCAAAAACGCAGAGGGCAUCAGCGACUACCUUCAGACAGAAGACAUACCAGCUGGUGUCCUACGUAAGACUUUAAUUAAAGCCUCUGAGGCUCAAGGUGUAAUAGUUGGUAUUACGGCUGGGCGAUAUGGCCUCAAAUCAAUAUCACGAUAUAUUGAUCAGUUCACCUCGAUAACGAUAAAUGGACAAUAAAUAAUCCUAAUUUUUUUUUUGUUUAACAUUGAAUAUACCGAUGUGGGCAAUGACGUCUGUUAUUGUCGUAAAUUUCGGUAUCAGUAAAUUUUUGGCUUAUCGCCCAGCCCUACUCAGGACUCUAAACUAGUUCACUGUAUUAUUUAGUAUUUAUCUACAUUUGUUGGACUGUAAUUUUUUUUCCUGUGUUGGUCUUAUUUAAUUUGCUUUAUUUACUCUGUAUGUUAAUAAAAAUGUUGAACUAAUCUGGAGUUUCUUGAGUUUUUAGGACAGAAGCUUUAAAACUGGCAGUUUAUUUAUUUAUUUAUUUAUUUAUUUUCAUUUGUGAUAAUAAUCGAGAUCAGACGAUAUGACAAAAUAUAUUGUGAUCAUUUUUUUGGCCAAAUUGCCCAGCCUUAAUCAUACCCAACCAUACUUUGAUUUAUGUUUCUCUUCUAAAGGAUACCCUGGAGCCCCAUCAGCACCUAAAGUGGUCAGUGCCUUUAAAGACUGCAUCAACCUGUCAUGGUCUCCUCCCUGUGACACCGGGGGUACCAAGAUAGUGGGUUACAAUUUGGAAAAGAACAAAAAAGGCACCAAUUACUGGAGUCUUGUGAACCAAGGAGGGCCUAUCACAGGUAUUCAGCGGCAGUAAUAGACUAUAAUUUGCAGUGUUGUAAACAUAACCAUGUUUCCUUUCUUCACAGAUACUAAGUACGCAGUCAAGGAUGUUUUUGAAGGUGCAGCGUAUGAAUUUAGGGUGUCUGCUAUCAAUUUGUCUGGUGCUGGAGAUCCUAGUAUCCCAUGUGACACAGUAAUUGCCAGAGAUCCAAUGAGUAAGUACAGCAGUUACAUCUAUCUUUUAUAUUCCACCUUAACUGUCUUCACUGAAAAGGCUAAUGAAAGGUAAUGUUAGAGUGUCUGUAGCUUGUUUGUAAUAUCAAAGCACAGCAACACCAGGCUUAUAACUCCUUGUUAUAAUUUCAGAACCUCCAGGCAAAGUCACAGACCUGAAAUUAACGUCCUCCGAUUACACCUCACUGUCUCUGGCUUGGACUAAACCAAAAGAAAUUAAAGGUGUGGAGGAUGAAGCCCACGGGUACUUCACAGAGAUCAGACCAAUAGAAAACCUCGACUGGACUCGCUGUAAUGCUGCCCCAACUACUCUGACUUCCUACACUGUGCUCGGCUUGAAAGCAAUGGCCACAUACUGGGUGAGAGUAAUCGCCACCAAUUAUGGAGGGGAUGGAGAGCCUCAGGGCUUUGACAAUUACUUCAUCGCCAUGCCUCCUCCUGGUGAGAAAUUUAAAACUCAAAUAAAGAAAUUUGUCCUUUUGAGUUGUGUGUGGAAAAAAAAGUCUGUUCUUAAUCAGUAAAUGUUGUUUUAAGUCACAAUAUUCUUUUAUGAUAAAUCUGCACAAAGCUCAAAUAGUCCCAGAAUGAUCAGAAAUGCUGAGCUACUGCUCUGUAAUUUUCUUUAAUGUUUUCUCAAGUUUGAACUGUUUUAGUAAAAUAAUAAUAAAAAAUAAACUAGUAAACUGACCCUUUAGACGAGCUACAGUAUUUUAAAAACUGGAUAAAACAUCAAAUGAAUGAAAUUUUAGCAGAGUGACUAUUUAUGUACAGUUUUGGCCAUAAUUUCUACAUGCAGUAAUCCUUAUUAAAGUAAGAAUGAGCUCACAAAAUAGUACAAAAAAAAUUAAAAUUAUCACAUAUCCAGACUCAAAACCCACCUGUUCAGAUCAACCCAUUCUUUGUAAUUUACCUUGUCAUAUUUUUAUGUUUAUUUUAUCUUAUCUUACUUUACUUCUUGCUGCUGUUUUUACUCUGUAAAGUGACCUUGAGUGUUUAGAAAGGCAUUUAUGAAUGAAAUGUAUUAUUAUUAUUAUCUUUACAUACUGUACAAUGAUAAGUACAACAUAUAGAAGGAUCCAAACACUGUCUUUUUAAUUUUUCAUACACAGUAAAGCCACGAUUUAAGGACCGCAACAUGAAGACCUUCGUGGUGGUCAAAUCUGGGAACACUGUUCGCCUGAACAUCAACUUUGAGGUAACGCACCGACAAUAUUUCUCCUACUUGGUAGAGAUGUAGCAGUAUUGUGAAUUUUACGGUAUCCCAGGGGGGAAACAGUGUCAGGAACCUGUAUCAGAAUGAAACAAGAGAUCUUCCAAGCAAAGAGCGGUGGGUAAUGGGAGUUACAAAGACCAUCGUCUUUGCCCUCUGCAUUUCCCAGAUAAGUAGCAGAAAGGAGAUUCUGAAAUUUUAUAUGCUUCCUCUUCUGCUUUAAAAUCUGAAAGAGACUGCCAGACUGCAGUGACCUCCAUAUCAGGAAAUACCAGUAAUAUAAGAGGCCACAUCAGGCAAAUCUUAACUCAUAAAAGUUAGAGAGAAAAUGCAAAGAAAACAAAUAAAGCCACGGCUACAAGACUCUGGUGUUUACAGCCUCAGCUCCAAAUAAUAGGGCAAGAGCUCAAGAAAUCACAAGAACUGAAGACAAAAGCUGGAGCUACACAGAGCCACAAACAGGCGCAGUGCUUUUCACUCAUCUGGUCACAGCUAUAGAAAUACUGUGAGAUUUUGGUACUGUUACAUCCUUACAAUGAGGUUAAUUGAAGAACAAUUACUUUCUAAAUCUGAGCAUUUAAGCCAGGACUUCUGUAAAAAUCAUUACAACAACAACUCCAUCUAUUUUUCACUCUUUACCCACAGGCCUCACCCCUCCCAGACAUCUCUUGGCUAAAAGAUGGCGUUCCCGUACCCAAGCAUGUGACAAUUACCAACUCUGACAAGGGCUCUCAGCUGUUAAUCCCCACAUCUGAGCGGUCCGACACCGGCAUCUACACCAUAAAUGUGAAGAACAUUGUAGGCCAGGAGAGCUUUAAUGUUGAAAUAAGAGUUACAGGUAAAUCAUAGUACUCCAAACUACAACCCUCUGAGAAUUAUAGCAGUAAAAAGGUAUCCUAAAUACAGCUUUACAGCAUUUUUUUUCUGGCUUUAUCGAUAUGUUUCCUCUUGGCUUGGCUCAAUAUAUGGUAAGAGUUAAACUAACCCUGAAAAAACAACAACCUGUGUCCCUGUCUCUGUUUCAAACAUGGCUACAGAUGAUCCCAAGCCUCCUGGUCCAGUGGAGCUGUUGGAGAACAUCCUAGGAACAGUGACUCUCUCCUGGACCCCCUCUCCAGAUGAGAAGAGGGACGACCGACUUCACUACAUGGUCUCAAAGCGUGACUCCUUCAAACCCACUUGGAGAAUAGCUGCAGACAACCUCUUUAAUAAUAAAUUCACAAUCGUCAACAUCAUACCUGGACGAGUGUACAACUUUAGAGUGUUUGCCAAAAAUGACAUGGGUCUGUCUCCACCCUCUGUAUCUCCAGUGUUUGAAACCAAGAAGGAAAAAGGUUGGUCCCUUUUUGAUCAAAUCUGUCUGAUUUACAUCUAUUUAGAUAAAUCUGCUCCUGUCCCUGAUACAGCAUGUGCUUAUAAGACCUCUGUAUUUUAACUUUUAUACCCCCUAAAUAUUGCAUUUCUUGUGUUUUAGAUAACUUCCAGGUAAAAAUGCCCGAGUCCAAGAGCUUCGACUUCCAGUCGCCUGCAUCGUUUAUCGUUCCCCUCAAGAUGCGCACAGCUCCUAAGGGUUAUGAGUGCCACAUGAGCUGUGCAAUUAAGGGCGAUCCUACGCCACGUGUGACGUGGUAUCGCAAUAAUAUCAGCCUGAACACAAACGCAAACUACCACAUCACGAAUGUUUGCGGCGUGUGCUCAAUGAUGAUACUGAGGGUGACGCCCAAAGACUACGGGGAGUACAAAGUCUUCAUUGAGAACAAACUCGGGACAGCUGAGUCUUCAAUGACACUGCAUGUCAGAGGUGAAACACAGAGAGUCUAA